AUGCGAGGGAAUUCCCCCAGAGCUGACGUCAGCAAUCUUCGAGAAUGGCACGCAUUCAUGUGGAUACGCCAAGAAGAAAAUGGAAUAGUGAUGGUGGCAGACGAAGAGGAGGAAAAAGAAAGAAAAGUGGUAGGAGUUAUAGAAGGGAGACAGAAUUCUUUUUCUUUUGCUCUUUCUGCUAGUUUUUUGCUUUCCUAUCUUUCUUUCUCCUUCUUUUCUUCUAGUUUUUCUCCUCCUUUUUCUCAUUGUCUUUCUGAACGUUCUUGUUUACCUUCUUUGUUUUCCCCUCUUCAUUCUAUUUUCUUUCUUUUUCUCCUUGUCUUUUUACUAAUUCUAGAUUUCCUUCUACAUUCCCUCCUUCUUUUUCUAUUUUUUUUUCUUUUUUAUCUCCUUUUCUAUUCUGUUCUUUUUUUUGCUUUUUUUUUCUACUAUUUCCAGCCAGCGGGAAGUGAAGACAGUUCGAGCCCGUUCUUGCUACACUUCUUAUCUAUCUAUCUAUCUAUCUAUCUAUCUAUCUAUCUAUCUAUCUACGCCACUUCAUUAUCUAUCUAUCUAUCUAUCUAUCUAUCUAUCUAUCUAUCUCACUUCCUUAUCUAUCUUGGGUAUAAGUUACAUCGUUCAGUUCAUCAGCGGGAAAGAUUCGUCACCAUAGUAUCAAGAUCGAUAAAAUGGAAGCCAAAUAAUCUUUUCUCUCUCUCUCUCUCUGUCUCUCUCUCUCUCUCUCUCUAUCUGUCACUCUUCGUCAACUGA